CCUCUCUACUUGUUAAUAUGAUAUCAGAGCCAAGUGAGAGAAAGCUUUCGCGUAACAACCUUUCUUCAUCAAUGGUGGAUCUUCGAGCUUCAAUAUCUUUAAUUCUUUGAUAGAUGUUCAUCUUCUUUGAUUCUCGAUGAGUGCUUCCUUGAUUGACAUACUUUUUCUUUUCUUUACGAAUCUAGUGGCUCAAUUUCUGGAAACUUUCAAAUCCAUCUUGAUCUUCAUCUUCAUCGUUUUCUUCUUCUCCGAUUAGAUUUGUAUGUGGUUGAUUCUCAUCAUAUCGUCACACUUAUCAAUUCUUUCUCUCGUUCGAUAUCACAUUGAUUCGACGAAUUUUUCUUGAUUCUUUCUUUAUCGCGAUGGUGGAAAUUACUGAUUCAACUUCGGAGGUUCCGAUUUCGGGAAAUUCUCGCACGCAAACGGAUUUCUAUGAGAAUCCAUACUUUCUUCAUAGCUCAGAUCAUGCUGGUCUCGUUCUAGUAUCCGAUCGACUCACCACAGAAGCUGAAUUUCAUUCUUGGCGUCGUUCUGUACAAAUGGCACUCAAUGUGCGCAACAAGCUUGGGUUCAUAGAUGGUACCAUUCCUAAACCUAAUGAAGGUCAUCGCGACUCAGGAUCUUGGUCGAGAUGCAACGAUAUGGUGGCCACAUGGCUUAUGAACUCUGUAUCCAAGAAGAUUGGACAAAGCUUGUUGUUCAUCUCAACCGCUGAAGGUAUCUGGAAAAAUCUCUCAUCUCGAUUUAAGCAGAAUGAUGCACCUAGGGUUUAUGAGAUCGAACAACGCCUUAGUACUUUGCAACAAGGAUCAAUGGAUGUGAGUAGCUAUUAUACUGAAUUGAUUACUCUCUGGGAGGAAUAUAAGAAUUACAUUGAGUUACCAGUAUGCACAUGUGGGAAAUGUGAAUGUAAUGCUGCUGAUUGUGGGAAGAUCUUCAGCAUCGUAGCAAAGUUACAAAGUUUUUAAUGGGGCUCAAUGAAGGUUAUGAAUCUCUACGUCGUCACAUCCUUGUGCUUAAACCAAUUCCUUCUAUUGAGGA